AUGGCUGUUUUGGACAGGUUGCCCACCAGGAGCAGACUUAAUUCUUUUGGUGUUGCCAUUGAGGGUGAGUGUGGUUUGUGCUCGAGGGAUAGUGAGACCAGGAGUCACUUGUUUUUUAGACAAAUGAAUAGGCCGGUAAUGGACUGGGACAAUGAGCUUGAUUGGGCGUGUCAGAGAUUGAAGGGUAAGCCUUUAAGCUCUUGGAUACUAAAAUUGGCUUGGAAUGGUUAUAUUGUUGUGAUUUGGAAAGCAAGGAAACAGAGGUUAUUUACUGGGAGAAUGGUUACUGUUUCAGAGAUAGUAGAUCGUGCAAAGGAAAUAGUAAAGUUGAAUCUGUGGGUUUGA